AUGGUGAACAUUGAGAACAUUGAGAAGGAUCCAAUGGAGAACAUUGAGAACAUUGAGAAGGAUCCGAUGGAGAACAUUGAGAACGUUGAGAAUGAUCCGAUUGAGAACAUUCAGAACGUUGAGAAGGAUCCGAUUGAGAACAUUGAGAACGUUGAUAAGGAUCUAAUUGAGAACAUUGAGAAUGUUGAUAAGGAUCCGAUUGAGAAGGAGAAAGAAAAGGAGGAGGAGGUGAAGAAGGUAGUGAAGAAAAAGCUGGUAAAGAAGGCAGUGAAGAAAAUGUUGGAAAAGAAGGUAGUGAAGAAAAUGGAUGAAAAGAAUGCAACGAAGAAAAUGGAGGAAAAGGAGGACGAUUAUAUGAAACUAUUCAAUACUCCUCCUAAAAUCAUAUUUAUCUCGCGAAGGACAAGGAAGUCGAGGAAUGAUCCAGAUAUGACCAAUCCUAAUCUAAAUCUACCCAAGUAA